GCCGCCGCGCUCGGCUCCCCACCUCCCUCUCUCCACUACCACCACCAUGCGGUUCUCAUUCGCGCUGUUUGCGACGGUGCUCUCGGUCGGCAGUGCGUUCGCGUCGAACGUGCUCGAGCUUACCCCGGACAACUUCGAUGAGCACAUCGGGAAGGGCAAGCCUGCUUUGGUCGAGUUCUUUGCGCCAUGGUGUGGACACUGCAAGAACCUUGCACCCACAUACGAGCAACUUGCGGACGCCUUCGCGAACUCGAAGGACAAGGUCAUCAUUGCCAAGGUUGACGCGGACGGUGCGGGAAAGCCAUUAGGCCAGAAGUACGGCGUGACCGGCUUCCCCACACUCAAGUGGUUCGGUGCCGAUGGCGGCGAGCCCCAAAAGUACGACGGUGGUCGUGAUCUCGACGCUCUGGCCAACUUCGUUACCGCUCAGUCAGGCGUGAAGUCGAGCAUUAAGCCCCCACCGCCGCCGGCAUACCAGAUCCUCGACGCACACACGUUCGAGGAAGUCGCCCUGAACCCCGAGAAGGACGCCAUCGUCGCGUUUACGGCCCCUUGGUGCGGUCACUGCAAGCGUCUGAAGCCUAUCUACGAGGAGGUCGCUAAGGACUUUGCGAGCGAGCCUAACUGCAUUAUCGCCAACGUCGACGCGGACGACAAGAAGAACCGGGCCUUAGCUGAGAAGUACGAGAUCAGCAGCUUCCCCACCAUCAUCUUCUACCCGAAGGGCAACAAGGAGGACCCCGUUGACUACGACGGCCCGCGCACCGAGGAGGCGUUCGUCGAGUACCUCAACGAGAAGUGCGGCACCCACCGCGCCCUCGGCGGGCUCCUCGACGACAAGGUCGGCCGCCUCGAGCAACUUGACGCGCUCGCGUCCAAGUUCUUCGAGGAGUCCGCCGCGGCGCGCCAGACGCUCCUCAAGGAGGCGAGCACGCUCGCGGCCACCCUCGGCGACGGCGCGAAGCACUACAUCCGCGUGAUGGAGAAGGUCGUCAACGGCAGCGAGGAGUACCUCGAGAAGGAGUCGACCCGUCUUGCGACGAUCCUGCAGAAGCGCACGCUCGCCCCGGGCAAGCUCGACGAGAUCAAGGUCAAGGCGAACAUCCUCGGCGCGUUCCGCCCGGUCGUCGCGAAGGUCGAGGAGGCCGUCGAGGAGGCCAAGGAGGAGAUCAAGCGCGACACCGCCGAGCUGUAGAGCACACCCCGCUGCGUCCCCGCUAUGUCUCCGCUAUGUUUGGAUUUCUAAGUUAUAAUUGAUGCGCUUCUGCAAUGACAUCGACACGGAUGUUACGUUCCCGC